UUUUUUUUCUCCAAGGACUCACAGGGGACUACGGCCCCUUUGAUACUAGUGCUGCAGGUGAUGAUGGACCCGACGGUGAACCUCCGGUUGGUUCACAUCCAGAUCUAGGUGAUGCAGCAGGAGUGCCAUCGUCAGGCUCUACAAGUGCGCACACAUUAGCAAGCAGCGGGUCUAAAAGAUCAAGAGCCGGUACUUCCGAAGUUUGGCAAGACUUUGAAAGGAUCUACAAAGAGGAAGAUGGGGUAAGUGUCAGGUAUGCUAAGUGUUAUAUUUGUAAAAAUGAAUUAUCUGCAAAGCCCUCGGGUGGAACGGGGCACUUGAAGAGGCACGCCAUAAGUUGCAAGCGAAAGAGUGGAGCAGCCAUGAAGCAGACGGUGUUGCAGUACAACCCCGACGGCUCUGUUCAUCAUUGGGAGUACGACUCUGCCAAUGCUCGAAAAGAGCUAUGUCGCUUCAUUGCAAGAGCGGAUCUACCACUCAAUAUCGGUUCUUCAUCAAGAAGUUCAGACUCUUCGUCACAAUCGUCUACGGGCACCGGAAUUCCAACAUCCGGAGGGGAGCUAACUACCUUCAUCGACAAUGACGUUAUCAGCCACGAACAAGAAAACUUCAACAUACUGCAAUGGUGGCAUGAGCACAAGACGAAUUAUCCAGUCCUUUCACUGUUAGCGCGAGAUUUGUUAACGGUUCCUGUAUCUACAGUUUCUUCUGAGGCUGCCUUCAGUCUUACAGGAAGGAUAAUCGAAGAGAGAAGAACAAAUCUGUCAAGUGAGAUGGUUGAAAUACUCACUAUAGUAAAGGAUUGGGAACAAGCUGAAGCACGAAUGCAACACACUGCAGAAAAUACUGAGCUUGAAGAAUCAUUCCAAAAUUUGUAUCUAGAUGCUGAUGAGAACGUGUAAUUUUAAAUUUUCUGAGCUAGGUUGUACUCUUUUUUCCUUUGCUAGAAAGGUUUUUAAUGAGGCAACCUAUCAAUAAA